ACGCCUGUCUUUGAAACGACUCUCGAUACGUGAAACUAUCUGUCCAUUUCUACUCUUUCAAGCGUGUUAUUCUCAUGAUUUUUCAUGUAAUUUCAGAUGUCCACGUACCUGGGUCUGAUUCUUGUUAUCACCACAUGCGCCCACGUCGUGUAUGCCAAAAGAUGCGAGGGGAACGGAUUAGGCUUGAAAUACGUGUGGGGAGACGCGCUCACAGAUCCAGCUGACUGUAUAGGUCCGAAUAACAUGGUGUAUCCCUCAGCCGCGAUAUCGAGAAGUUACAAGAAUAUUUGGGCGAGCGGUCGAACAGCGAGGUCCUAUCAGCCUCGAACGAUCGAUCCUGAAUUAACCAGACAGGCGCUAUUGCACAAUUACAAGAUUACUCAUGGAGAUUAUUCGAUCGCCGAAUCCUCGCGAAAUGGUAGAGCAUUUUCCUCGAAGGAGACAUGUGGUUCCCCAGCCAGAUUAUGCAAAACGAGGUACAACACCACGGCUCCUAUGUACGGAGUCAGCUUAACCAGCGGUCAGCCUGUGACUAUCGUGCAGAAGUUCCCCGACCUUUUGCAGCAAGUCGUGUUCGAAGUUUGCGAAUCGAAGGAGUGCGACGUGGUCCACGGUGAGUGCACGCAGACAUACGUGCCGUACCUGUUUCUGGUGAUUCCGCUUGGACCGGUGACCUUGACUGGCCAAGAUUACGUUCUGGUUGAAAGCGGUUGCGUGUGCAAGCCGAGAAAUUCGGCGAGCGCCACGUCGGAGCCUCCGGCAGUUCCAAGCUUUUAAACGUUCGUCGAACUCUAGCGAUCAACAUUGAGCGCACCAGUACACCUCUGCGCUGGAGGAUAUAGAUCGAGAUCCGCGUCGAACGUGACGAAUCGGUGGAAGGUGACCCCAAGCUCGAACAACCUCGCCGAAGAACCUAGUAACCUCUUUGACGAAGCUAGCAAAGAAUACUGAAACCAGUAUUGAAGUCACUAGAGAAUUGAUUUCUCGAGAGAAAUCUGCGACAUGAACAAUUUUCCCUGGGAAUGCAACAGUAUAUAUCUAUCUUGCACGAUGGGAUAGCAACUUUUAACGUGAAUCAAUCAGCUUUUCUAGUUUGUCCAGGGUAUCACGUCACGAUUUCCACGAGGAACAGCUUUCUAGCCGAAGCUGAAGGUUCCUCUCGUUGCGGCCAAGAAUUUCUCGCGAAAUUCUUGGUGGCUUCAGAGGUCAACGUAUAGAUAAUUUAUGUUUCGAAAUAAAGACUCUCUAUCGUAGAUGGUUCGCAACAGUCGUACAUCGGUAGAGUUAUUCGAUUAUAAAAUCUGAUGAUCCGUGAACUGUUCGCAUCAGUUUGUUUGCAAAAGAAGACAGCUUCGAAGAAACAUCGAUAAUUAGGCGUGCUUCACGGUCGAACAGUACCGCGCUGCUCUUUUAUCGUCGUUUGAUUUUUUUUUUUUUUUUAAAGUCGUGCGAGAAAAAAAAAGAGAUAAA